UGGUCGCGAARGGGGAUGAUGGCCGAGUCUAGUAUUCGUGUAAAACAAAGCACAGCAGCCAGCUUUAAGGCUCAUUGUCAAACCAAAAAGGGAAAGAGGGAAAUAAAUGCUUUUCUCAAUGGUUUACUGAAGGUCAAAGAAAGCUUUGAUGAACAGAAAAAAAGCUGGUGUUGGUGGUUGUUGGCAGGAGGGAAGACUCCAGAGGAAUUUAAAAAUACUKUGAAAUCGUACGACCAUCCUACAAUCUGUGGACUUGUAUGGAACAAAAAUUUCGUGGCUUAUAGGUGUAGAGAUUGCGGGAUUUCUCCAUGUAUGUCCAUCUGUGCCGACUGUUUUCAUGCUGGUAACCAUGAAGGUCAUGAUUUCAACAUGUUCAAAAGCCAGGCUGGUGGUGCAUGCGAUUGCGGUGACGAAAGUGUCAUGUCAAAGGAAGGAUUCUGUUCAAGACAUGGUACUAAAGUUGAUGAUGUACCUAAGAAACAACCUCCAGAUGAACUCUUUGACAUGGCCAGAAUUGUGAUACCACAGCUUUGUGUUAGACUUUAUGUGCAAUUGGACCAAGUGGACAGAGAUGCAUUAGGAUCAACUUCACUUGUUAUGACAGAUGCUAACGAACUKGCAGAGUUCUUAAUGAAUGUUUGUGAAACYGAUACCAUGAAAAAUGUUGUCGCUGAGUGUUUACUGAUGAAGAAAACUGACAUAGAGRCUGUURCUAAAGACAGACCUGCUGUCAGAAAAACAUCAAUGACUUCUACAARAAAUGCUCAUUCAAGAAAUUCUGAUUUAGUUGAGCAAGAAGAUAGUUUUKCAAUGGAUUGUGAUGAUCAGGAAUUACAGGAUGAUAACAAAACAUAUCUAGAAUGUAUGAUGGAUUUUGUAACUAAACUGGAAUUUCCACAAAAAAUAGUGACAUUUUUACUCCACUUACUUCCAUGUCAACAGUAUAAGGAAUCCUUUACUAGAGUAUUUUGUCAGAAUUAUCAAAAAAUAGCAAAGAUAUUAGUGUCUACAACUGAUAUUGGGCCAAGUGUCGAGCAGCUUGCGAGCAGAGUCGUUCAUGUUAGUGUCCAGCUAUACAGCAACAAGCAUUUAGCAGAAAAGAUGGUAAAAGAACAAAACUUCCUGCGUGUUAUGGUUAGGGUACUACAUGAUAUGAUAAAACCUGCUCUGAAGCCAUUCAAAAGAGGUCAAGAAAUCUCCUCUCAGUCUCAGCUUGUAGUCAACUGUGAAAAUAGAGCUUUGAAGGAUCAUUGUUACUGGCCUAUUGUGACUGAUUUCAUCAAUGUGUUGUCGCAUAAAAGCAUAGCAGAGACUUUUAUGAAUGACCGAGAGUUGGUACUGCAAUGGGUUAAAUUUAUCCAGUACCUCACAGGUAUGAAUAUAAGUCAAAGGCAACUGAUGUCUCAUGUAGAGUUUGAGCCAACUGUCUAUUGUGCAUCAUUUUCUGUUGAGCUUGAAGCUGCUUCCUCGCCAUUAUGGAGCAUGAUAAAUGCUUGCACUAUUUUGAAUUCAGAAACUUGUGUAAAGAAUGUGAUCAAAAGUGUGGUUAAUGCCUUGGAAAGUUGGUAUCAAAAUGGCUCUGAUGUCAUGCCAAAAAGAGGUGAAGUGACCUUUCAUCUUCCUUUGCACCGGUAUUUAUCAGGAUUCCUUAGCUUGGCCAUUACUCAAUUUCAGAUGCCAGUUGAUAUAUCUCAAACCUUGCUUGCACAGAUGAGUCAACACUUGCUGCAGAUUCAGGCAGCUGUGUGUGAAAUCAAUGCUGGGCGAUGGGUGAGAAAUGGYAACCAGAUUCGUAGUCAAGUGAGGCUUUAUGUUGAAUGCCAUUUCUGUAACUCCAUGGUAGACCUGGACAUUUUCUUGCUACAGGUCUGUGCUGCUAAUCUUGAUCCUGAUGACUUUCUAAAUGCCAUYUUGGAGAGAUUUGGAAUUAAACACUGGUUUGAAUUUGGUCCUCUUGCUGUGCCGACACCUGCUUGCUUUGAUAGUGAUACAGAUAUUCACAUGGUUAAAGGUGCCUUAAAUCUUAUACUCACUCUUCUGAGCUCCAGGCUUUACCUAGGACAAAGUAAACAAGAUGUUAUUCGUCAAGAAAUGGUUACUCAAUUGUGCAUUGGUGAUAAGACUCAUAGUCAGCUUGUUGAACUUAUUCCUGAUAAACCUGGUCAGUCUCACAAGAUACAAGAUUUUGAGAAGACAUUAAAUGAGCUAGCUGAUUACAAAGCACCAGGCUUUGAAAGUGGYUGGAUGCAACAAGGAAAAUAUACUCCUAAAGCUAAAGUGUGGGAGAGUGAAUUCGACCCAGUUCAYGUAUUUCACCGUGUAGUGCAACGCCAGGACAUCCAAUCAGCAAUGAGUCGAUAUUCUACAUUUGUCAAUAAAAGUACUCAAAGCAGUAACACCCUUUGGCCUCCUUUAAAAUCUCUAAAGCCUUUGCCCAAACAAUUUGAGGGUAUUUUGCGCCUUUUGAAUUGCAAAACCAUGCAUGGGAUGCUGUACUACAUUUUUCAUCAGGCAGCUUUGGAUGGCAGCUCAAUUCCAGAUGCUGUGCAAUAUUUAGCUGUGCAUUUGACAAGUUUAGCACUGGAAAAUAGUAAAUCACUUCCUAAAGUGCAGCCCAUGGUGAAGCAAAAUAAAGAAGAGGAAGACCGUGGAUGUCAGAUUGCAAUGAGAUGUAUUGAUCAUUUAGAAAUUUAUGGCAAGCAUGUCAAAGGUUUGCAUCAAACUGAAGACCUGCGACAYAUUAAUGCAGAUCUUGUGAGCAAGUUACAAAAAGAUCCAAGCUCUACUAUUGAUCCACAACAUUUCUCUUGUCAUGAAGUAUGUGUCGUCAUGGCCUGCUCUAUCCAUCAAAUAAUGGAACCACCUCUUUUUGACCCAUUCUUGCAUUUUAUGGCUAGAGUACUGAAUAGCGCCUUGACUAACAGAAGCAACACUCAUGAAAAAGUUGCCCAACUACAGUACAUUCAGUUCCUACUGGAACUAUUACCUCCUCAUCGGCAAAGAUUGGUGAAAAAACUUACCAGGCAUCUUUUAAGUGUUUCAGAAAGAUAUAAAAUUCCAACYAAAAACUUGGUGUUGGUGAGCGAUGAUACACAGCCAAUGGAGUUGUCAAUGCUGUUGAUGUAUUUGAUAAAAUACCAUGACUGGUUAUUCAGGGUGCGUUCACCAAAUCCAGGCUGGCCACAUGAUAUCACUGAACUUGAUUUUAACUCACUCUCCAUGAUAGAAAACAUACGUCACACUGUUGGCUUGGUAACUGAUUGCACUGUUGCCAUGGAUACAAGUGACAAAGAAAUAGCUGGUAAUUCUUCAAUGACGUCAAGUCUCAAACCCUCAGCUUCUGGGAAAACUGAUGAGUCGUCUGAUUUUCAAAGUUUGGUUCAGGAAUUCAUGGCRAUCACAGAGGCUCCAGAAUCGGUAGCACGCAGUCUUUUAUACACAUGCCAAGGAAACCUGGAACUAGCCAUCAACAUUCAUCUAAAUAUGGAAGACACUAUCCCUGAUGUCAUCCCUAGCUCACAAUCUAGUCACCAGUCUACUUCACGGACUUCUGGUGAAGGAAGGCAAAAGAUGCCAUCAGUUCAACCUACACCAAUCAAUGAAAGUAUUCUAAGCUUACUGUUGAAGAUAAAGACAAGUGCACAGAGCUCAUCUAGCUCUUCUUCUAAUCCAUCAUUUGGUACAUGUGUGUACUACAUCAACAAAGUACUAGAGUUGGCUAGUAAGCAUAGCGUUGAGAAUUUAUCUCUCCUGUCUGCUAUAGACAGCAGUCCACAAGCUAAUCAAAGUACAAACAGCCCUGGUGAUGAUGACAGCCGUGCAGCUAAAGCCUCACUGAGACGACAACGUGCGCGAGAGAGACAGCAGAAACUUUUAGCUGAAUUUGCUUCUAAGCAAAGGUCAUUUAUGGAACAGACUCUUAAGAAAGAUCCAGAUGCGCUGGAUAUGAGUAUGGAAGUUGAUGCUCCACCCACUGUACCUGAUGUCCAGGAAACUUCAUAUGAAUGUGUGAUAUGUGGAGAGUCAUCGCCUUCCACAGAGGAACGACCUGUUGGUCUUGUGGCUUUAUUACAACCAAGUGAUGUGCUAAAGCAUCGAUCACUGAGAUUGCAGCAAACAUCAGGAAGUGACACCGUUCCUCUACUUAACUGUGGUAGCUUCACGAAAACUAGGCUUAAUGUAUUUUUAAAACUCUUCAAUAAGGAUGACAGUCUAUCAGCAAUAGCGUCUGGUUGUAAUGGUGGUAUUCAUGUUCAAACGUGCGGGCACUAYCUUCAUGUGGAUUGUCAACAAUCAUAUUUACACUCUCUUCAGGAGGAAGAAGCGGCACAAUUACACCAGAUGCACUCGUUCAAUCCCAGAAAUGGAGACUUCACUUGUCCAUUAUGUAGACAACUGGGUAAUUGCGUCCUUCCUGAAAUACCUUCUAGAAUAUCAGCWACAAGAGAAAACCAGAGGCCUUUGGGUUACGCCGAAUGUCUUAAUCUUCACGAGGAAGUACUACGAAAAUAUAGUCAAAAGUGCAUGACCAAGUUGAACAAAAGUGCCCUCAACCCCAGCGUACUUGGUGCUUCCAUCAAGACACUAACAGGAAUUGCGUCUAUGUUAGAUGCAUCUACUGAUGAAUUUAAAUCCGACAAMCUUUUUUCUCUUAUUCAYCGUACCAUGAGAGCAAAUCUUGAACUUGAGCAUGUUGACAGAAAAGCGAGGAAGCUUUCUGCACCACGAAAAUCUUGUUUUGGGUCUAUGUUUCGUGCACUACAAUUCCAUUGUCAAAAUAUUACGAGCUCUAUGACAAAUGUCUGGUCUGAGCUCACCAAUAUUGAAAUCCCUCAGGAUAGUUCAAAGUCUGCAAGCAAAGUGACCAAUAUUCCCGUCCUUCUAAGAGAUGGCCCAUCUUUAUUGAUACAAAUGAUGUUGUCUUGGCCAACUGCGAUAUCAUUGUAUGAUUUCCAGUGUCUUGUGCAAGUAGUUUACAACCUAGUUUUUACACAAGGUUUGGUUCAUUCCUGUUGUAAGUUUGUUGGCGAUGAGAGACUCUCUUGGCAAGAAACUGGUAAAAAAGCUUUAAUGCACGAAAAGACGCAGAAACCACUGAACGUGGAUCUUUUGCUGGGGUUUGUAACCCAGACUCUCUCAUCUAGUAACUUAUUUAARGAGGACAAUCAGCUACUUGGGAUAUCCCAGUCAGUUUGGUCACCUCACAUGGUUGAACAGUCAAUUCGAGAUUUCUGUUUACCUUACCUUAAGCUCUGUGGUUUGAUCUCUACUCUUUGUUUUGAUACCAAACUGCCCGAAGUCGAGAUUGCUGACCAAGAAUUCCAAGCCUACGCAGCCUCACUCCGAAUGUACUCGGACGCUCUACCCUCAAGAGAGGCAUUUUCCUGUGCUGAUUGCUUGAGAUGGCAGCAAAAUGAGAGACCACUUGCUAUUAUACGSAAAUGGUGUGAUUCGCUAUCAGCUUUGACUAGACGAUACGACAUGGUCGACAAGAGUGAGGAGUUUCUACCUGUCACGUACCAGUGGCCUCCMCCUUCACUGAUUCGUCUUCCAGAACGUUACGACACCUUAAUACAGCUCUACAGGAAGCAGAAAUGUACGAAGUGUGAUAGCAAACCCGACGAUCCUGCUAUUUGUUUGGURUGUGGCAAGUUUGUUUGUUUACAAGGCACAUGUUGUAUGACAACACAAGACGAUGUACGUCGUUAUGAAUGUGUUCAGCAUGCAGUUGAAUGUGGUGCAGGAACAGGAGUAUUCCUCAUCAUCCUAUCAUCUGUCACCAUYAUCAUCCGUGCUGACCGUGUCUGCAUAUGGGGGUCAGUGUACCUUGAUAGUUUUGGUGAAGAAGAUCGAGAUCUAAGGAGAGGAAAGCCAUUAUUUCUCAGCCAAGAACGUUUUCAACGUCUYGAAGAGCAAUGGUUUACGCACAGCUUUGACCAUACCUGCAAACGGUGGAAGAGACAUUUGAAUACUCUCUAAAUGCCAAUAUGCAUGUUGUAGUGGUAGAAUAAUUCAAUAAGCCGAUCCCAGUUCGAUAUGUAAGAAUUUACAUACUUGAAAGAGCGAGGACUUAUGACUGUAUAAGAAACCAUCUAAAUACACAUGAAAGGGAAAAAGAAAGAAAGGGCAAUGUUCCAAACUUGUUUUCAGACAACCUGUCUGAACGAGGGCAAGGGCUAUAAMAACUGACGCAAUCCAUAUAUKGGUAGAGAUGAGCCACGAUUACAGUCUAACUAAACGCUGGCGGGAAAUGGACUGUUUUAGCUCAACCAUGCAGAAUUUACAUUAGGAGCAAUGUUAUUAAAUGUAUUAAAAAAAUGAAUCCAA